GCAAGCAAAACCCGCAGGCGUGUGUCUCUAUAGAGACGGUUUGUUUACAGUUUUGUAUUAGGUCACGAUGAAGCUGAAAAGGUUUCUUCUUAGAUAUUAUCCUCCAGGAAUAAUAUUGGAGUUUGAGAAAGGGGGAGAACUGAAGACUAAAUCUAUUGAUCUGCUGGACCUUUCUCCUGACACGGAUGCAGAGGGGUUAAUAGCAGAGAUCAGGAGGACAGAACCACUCAUCACCGCCUCCCGCGCCAAUCAGGUCAAGCAUCUGAUCCUUCGGCUGCAGGAGAAAUUGGGCCAACAGGAGGACCGCAGGUUCUACCUCUUCAAGGCACUGCAGGCUCACAUCCUGCCGCUGACGAAUGUUGCCUUCAAUAAAUCAGGGUCAAGUUUCAUCACUGGCAGCUAUGAUAGAACCUGUAAAAUAUGGGACACAGUGUCUGGGGAGGAGCUGCACACCCUGGAGGGCCACAGGAAUGUGGUGUACGCCAUUGCCUUCAACAAUCCCUACGGAGACAAGAUUGCCACGGGAUCCUUCGAUAAGACAUGCAAGCUAUGGAGCGCAGAGACGGGCAAAUGCUAUCACACCUUCCGCGGGCACACUGCUGAAAUCGUAUGUCUGGCUUUUAACCCCCAGAGCACCGUGUUGGCCACUGGCAGCAUGGACACCACAGCCAAGCUGUGGGACAUCCAGACAGGAGAGGAGGUGGCCACGCUAAACGGCCACUCAGCUGAAGUCAUCGCUCUGUCCUUUAACACGUCGGGUGACCGGCUGGUCACAGGCUCCUUUGACCAUACCGUGUCCCUGUGGGACGUCCCGUCAGCCAGGCGCAUCCACACUCUGAUAGGCCACAGAGGGGAGAUCAGCAGUGUGCAGUUUAACUGGAACUGCUCCCUCAUUGUCACUGGAUCCAUGGACAAGACCUCCAAGAUAUGGGACGCGCACAGCGGGAAGUGCGUAUCGACGCUGGCGGGCCAUGAAGACGAGGUGCUGGACGUCUGCUUCGACCUCACCGGCCAGCUCAUCGCCACGGCGUCCGCUGAUGGCACAGCCAGGGUGUACAGGGCGGCGUCGGGCGAGUGCACCGCCAGACUGGAGGGACACGAGGGCGAGAUCUCUAAGAUCUGUUUUAACCCCCAGGGCAGUAGAGUUCUCACCGCCAGCGCCGACAAGACCGCGCGGCUGUGGGACACGAGUUCCGGCGUCUGCCUGCAGGUCCUGGAAGGACACACUGAUGAAAUCUUCUCCUCUGCCUUCAACUAUGAGGGUGACACCAUUAUUACAGGCAGUAAGGACAACACCUGCCGAAUCUGGCGCUGAGGGGAGACCAUGUCGCCUGGGCCCUCCUAAACUGAGGUGACUCCUCGGUCUCUGGAUGGGAAAUGACUGUUUAGCUGUCCUGGGGUCAGUAGACUUGAAACACUUUUGAACACGGCAUGUUCGCAUGACUGUCGAACUGCUGCCGAAUAUGGCCCUGGAGGUGAAUGUCCGUAUCCUCACUGUGGCUUCAGGUGUUCAUCAUUAAACAGCAAGCCUAGCUUCAAACUGAUUCAUCUUGGAAAAGAGCAGAAGACAGCUGGACGCGAUAUAAACAGGAAGUUUACACAAAAUGCUGGGGAAGGUGUAUCGCGGGCCGCGAUCAAGGCUGUGUGAAAAUUUAGAAUAGCUUGGCUGGCCAGCCUGCACACACACAAACGCAAACCCACCAUUUUGCCUUUGCAAAUCUGCCAAAUUUGAAUUUGUUUGAAGUCUACUGAGCCCUUUAGCUCAAAUGCCUAGUAUUAAUGUGAAAAUACAGUAUUUGAAUUAUACUUCAUUAAGUAUGAUCAGAACACCCCCAUCUUGGAUACACACAACACUUCCUUUCAACCCUUCUUAUAUUUACUUUGAAUGCUAUAUUUUCCUCAUACCCUUACUCCAGCAUCUAUGUGUUGAAUACUCUGUAAGUACAUAUUGGGACUGGAGUGAACUCUGUGUUGCUAGAGGAUGCAUAUAAUGUCUAACAAGGAAAGAUUUAAUUAUUAUAAAUGCAUUGAAUUAUCUGUCAUCUGUCAAUGAGGAAUGCUAGUUUUACUGCCUUGGUUUUCCAUUAAAUUUCCCUGAUAAAAGUA